AUGGAAAAUAUAAAUAUCCGCCGCGCAACAGUCGAGGACGCAGCCUCAAUAUCGCAAAUUCAGUACCAAGCCCUCGAAAAAUUCCACGGCUUCUACAGCGGUUUUCUGGCGACUCAUCCUCGAUAUAUUCUUCCGAUAACUACCAAGACAGCUAUCAACAAUCCCGAGAAUAUAUUCCUUGUUGCCGCAGACCCGGCAACGGAUGAAGUUGUGGGAUUCGUUAGAUAUGCUGUAGUGCCGGAAAAGAAGCCAGAAGAAGCAAAAAAAGAGGAAGAAAAAGAUGCAAAAAGCCAACUAGAUCGAACCCAGCCGGAAUUCGCAAAUCUGUUUGCGCCAAAGGAGCAUGUUAAGGAAUUAUGGGAGGAGUUUAGCAAGAGAGAUGAUGAGAUGGAUGCUUGUUACGAGGGGGUAGCGAAGGGGCAGAGACAUUACUACAUCAAGCAUCUCAUGAUAAACCCAGCCCACCAACGCCGCGGCAUCGGGGCAAAAUUACUCUCAGCCGUCCUGGCAAAAAGCGAUGCAGAGAAACUGCCGACCUUUCUCACUUCAUCGGCAGAAGCUCAUCCAUUGUACAUGAAACUAGGAUUUGUUGAUUUUGGCCCUGAUUUUAGGAUUGAUAAUGAGGGCUGGGCGAGGAGGAUUAUGGAGCUGGACGAGGAGCUUGGGGUUGAUGAGAACAGGAGGUUGAGAGACAAGUGUUUAGGGUUGUUUGAGGUGGAGAAUUGUAUGAUACAACAAAUGACCAACUAUUCUGCAUACCUCGCCAAAGCAAAUCAAAGGGUUUUUAUUUCUUUGAAUCUGCCAUCGAAGGCGAUAUUUCCAGUACAAUCACUCGUCGCACCAGCGCAACGACCGACAUCCACUCAACGAACAAAUCUCUUCAACUCCCAAUCCCCCUCUAGCAUUAGGACCAUGGCCUCGGAUUCGGAUUACAUGGCCUUCCUGGACAAGGCGAACAAACAGCGAGAUGCAGGAAGGGACGAAGCGCGUACCAAAGCGUCUACUCAACCAUCUAAACAAAUACAAACUGAGACUGUGGACGGAGGUGUGAAAGUGCCAGAACAGUUGAAGAAGGUUGAUGCGUUUUAUGUGUCCGAGACCGAUGAGCCGUUUGAGCCUGUUGCGCUGAGUUGGAAGGGGGCUUCGAGUGGGAAGUGGCCUGGGACUGAUGAAUUCGCAUCUCUUAUUACCUCCGGAUCAAAACCAGACAUCGAAAUACUCUCCGAGAAAUCGUUCGACCCUCGAAGUCAAUACAGCAGCGAGAUCCAGGCAGUGCGCGCAGCAGUUGCGGCGUCGGAUUCCAAGGUCAAUGAGAGCGAUGUUAAGGUCAAGGUAUAUCGUGUCGAGGUCGGUAAUUCUAGGGUGGAAUACUGGAUUAUUGCUCUGGAUGGAGCUGAGGGGAAGAUUGUUGGGUUGAUGGCGAAGGCUAUUGAGUCAUAG